AUGCCUCUCUUUGACAGUUUUUCCAAAAUCUUCGCCAGUCUGUCUCCGCAUCGCCCGCGUCACCGUGACCCUCUGGCCGACGAUCGCCAACGAACUCAGACCCAGCGCCGUCAUCUGCCCUCACGACACGAUCGCUCUCUCGCCCAGACUCGCGACGUUUCUGCUUCCCCGUCCCCGUCCAAAGGAAUACCAAAUCGGCAGAAUCAGUUCUCUUUACUAUCCGAAGACGAGGACGAGAACGAGAACGACCUGGACGAAUCUCCGCGCGAUACUGCUGCGCUCCCGCAGGUGUAUAUGCCCUCUCACCACGGCCCCUCCAGCGAGCCAAAGCUGAUUUCGAUUUCGCGCCGCGCCAGCUCGGGUGACGCCUCGCAGAUGUUAGCCAAAGAUCAGAGCCGGAAGCCUCGUGAAGAGCAAAGAGAGGAGGAUCGCUUACUUGGGGGUGGAAAAUACCGUGAUAGCAAUGCUGUACGAAUCCGUCCUGGUGAAGGGAGGAAGAGGAUUGUUCCUGGGAGUUCAGCCGCAUUCAAACCGGCGAACCACCUUAACCGAAAUGGACGGGAAAGCGGCCCAGUUCGUGCCCAAGGCAAGACCCAGCCAACUGCAUUACCCGAGAAGAAUCGCCCUCGUCUAGAUGAGCCAUUCGAUUUUGACCAGGCAACCCGUCCGAACAAACGGCCACGCAAUAAUGAACACGCCAGACCUCGUGAUGCAAUUGGGAAGAGGGCCACUCAGUUGUCUCUUCAAACUUCUCCCCAGCGUCGAGUUUCGCCUGUAUCAAGUGAGACUUCAGGCAAAAUAGAACGAAACGUCAUACCACGCCAACAGGAAGAGUACCGUCAAGUGGAGGAAUACAUGAAAAUGCACAGAAACCAUCCUCGGAGUCGGCACAAUCGACGCAGACCCAACCAGUCCGAAAUUCCAGACGAAGUGUUCACCUCACAAGCUGCCAAAGAGAGACGUGCCGCAGUGGAACUUGCAGCGGAUUUUUCUGAACGGGAGCACGUGCCGAAAUUGAAUGUCAGAUCAAAAUCGCCGCAGAGAGUUGCACAUUCACGGGAAAGUCCCGAUGUUUUACAAGGCGAUAUCACGAUCCCAAGGUUACCGAAACCUACGACCACCAAACAAAUAUCAGGUCGCCAGAAUCCGAAUAAUGAGCCGUCUCCGUCCCCGUCUCGAAAACGCUCGCCGAGUGAUAUCCAACCUACCGAUUUCACCAGUUCCCCCAUUCAAGGCUCUAAGAGGGCCAAGCGCAGUCACAAAUUUUCCACUAGGUUUGAGGUUAAGUACCUUCGAUUUGGCCCUUUCAAGAAGCAGCCCCAUGCAGAGGAACCGCUGGUCUUUCAUGUUGACCAGAAUCAGGAGAAGAUUCAGCUGGGUAGAAUAAUCUGCGACUCUGAUGAACAUGAAAAUGCCAGUAUCGAACUGCGCCGCAUCAUUGGGGCACUGUUGGGGGAUAGUGAGAGUCAUAAAAUCCGCUUGAAGCUCGCUAGAAAGAGAAAUUCUCAGCUUUGGUCCGAGAAAAAAAUCAACAAGAUCCAAAUCAAACCCUCUGUGUUUAUGGACCGGGCUUUUGAUCAUUAUGGAAUCAAAAUGGCAGAACUCAGCAGAGAACCCAAAAUGUCUUUUAUCGAAGCCGCCCCCUCUGAGCGCGAACGCACCCGGCAACCGCCUACCCGUCAAAAAAUAUCAUCUACCCUACAGGGAGAUAGCGAAGAUCUCCGAGAGAAGACGGAUCACAUCAAUAGGAACAAACUGGCUGAACCUCUCGCAAAGCGUGGCGUUGAGGACGAUGCUUCGAAAAUCCAGCGGGUCGAAAAUGAAAAAGGAGAGGAAAUUCCAGUUAAGAAGUUCCAACCAAAACCUGAAACAGAGAGACAGACACGUUCGACGGGCCGACGCUCGACUCGACUUUCUGAUCUAUUUAAAAACGACGACGACGGCAGCACCGACUUGUUCAGCAAGUAUCCUCUCAAAGAAGACCCUUUCCGAAAGGAAUGGAAGCAACCAUUGGUAUAUCCUCAAAAUGGAAAGAAGAAAGCCGAAGUCACGGUCGAAGACCGCGAUCGACUGCGUGAUGACGAAUUCCUUAACGACAACCUGAUCGCAUUCUACAUGCGCUUUUUGCAAGAUCACAUGGAACGAACGAAUCCCGAGGCCGCGAAACAGGUCUACUUCUUCAACUCUUAUUUCUACGAUACGCUCACGAAGACACCUCGGGGUCAACGUGGAAUCAACUAUAGCGGCGUCGCGAAGUGGACACGAAACGUCAAUCUGUUUGAGUAUAAUUACGUCGUUGUACCUAUCAACCAGAGUGCGCAUUGGUAUGUUGCUAUCAUUUGUAACCUGCCGAAGCUACUGGGUGAAACCGAGGCAAUUGAAGCCAAGCCCGACGUGGAAGAGUCUGCAUCUUCCAACGACAAGAGUCCCCUCAACCAGACAGAAAGCGAAGAAGAUCAACGGAAUCUCCAGCUUCGCAAAGUGCACGUGCUUGCCUUGCCUCUAUGUCCCUUGAAAAUGAGAGUGGGCCUGGAGCAACCGAAGACUCGUCAGGAGAACCGGGGAAAGAACCUCCACGAGAAGAGAAGCAAGCCAACGAGACCGAGACCGACAAGGGUACAGAUUCGAAGGAACCCAGUUCUUCCGACGAAUGGCCUGCAGAAGACGACCACCACACCCCGCCCCCCCAAGCUUUCCACAACUUCUCUAAAGUCGAAACCCACCGGUCCCACACCAGAUCCUCUCCCCGCAUCCCAAACCCCAACAACCAAAAAGAAAGGAAAAGGCGGCCAAAAAUAUGACCCGGACCAAACCACAAUCAUCACAUUCGACUCACUCGACCUAGCCCGCUCACCCACAGUCCGAAUACUGCGCGAUUACAUUUGCGAAGAAUCCUCUUCCAAACGAGGAAAGGGCGUAGAACCAAAAGACAUCAAAGGCAUGCGAGCCCGUCAAAUCCCGCUCCAGCCCAACUUUUCCGACUGCGGCCUCUAUCUCCUGGCCUACCUGGAGAAAUUCGUGCAAGACCCGGAUCAAUUUAUCACGAAGCUCCUUCAGCGCGAAAUGGAUGAAAAGGAUGACUGGCCUCCAUUGGGCUCGGGUUUGCUUCGACAACGUCUUCGCGAUUUCCUUGACCAGUUGUAUCGAGAGCAGGAACGGGUCAAGGCAGGCAAGUGUGGUGCUGGUCCUGCUGGUCCGAAGCAGGAAUUUCUCGCAGACCAACAACCAAUCUCACAUCUACUGGGCCCGUCAAGUUCCAGUGAAGCGGACGUUGAGAAAAAGGUCGACAAAUCGCCAGAGAAAACUAAGACUGGUGAUGGUUCUGAGAAAAAGGAGGCGAGCGAAAAUCUUCCCGAGAAGUCUCGUCGCAGCGAUUCGGAGAGUGACUCGGAUGACAGUUCAACGGUAGACCAGCUUCAAUUGGUACCUACAGGUACCGCCCCGACUGUGUCGAUGACUAUAUCAUCAGCGCCUUCUGGUAAAGAUCGUUCCAAAAACGACUCGCGUCAGAAGAAAGAUGAAGAAGUCGUCGAGGUACCAGACAGUCAAGAAGCGAAACGGGACCCUUCUCCCAUCCCCUCCGAAGCUCAACCUCCAAAGACCGAGAAGAAGAAAGGGAAAGCAGACGAGCCUUCUAAAGGCAAGAAGUCUGAUCUCAGCAAAAAGAACCCGACUCCCACUGUAGAGAUCCAGAUUCGGGCAACACCUCCUCCGCCCUCCAGCCCUGGAAAAGUAAGAAAGAGUCCUCGCGGGGAAGAGAGAAACGUUGAUUUCAUCCGAUUCAUUUUGAAUCCCCCCCUUCUCUCUCUUCUUUCUCAUACCAGCAUCUUCAGCACAAUACCAUUUGUUUAUUUCUAUGCACUUAUCUAG